AUGUUACCUCCAGUAAGGAGGUCUCCUUAUGUGAUUCGUGUGGUUCCUAUUGAUACUACUUUGACAAAGGAAGAGAACAUAAUAUCUAACUGGGUAUUAAGUUUAGUUGAAGAUCCAAUGGAUAACUUAUUUCUUAGCAUAUCUGGUCAACGUGGAGAACGUCAUAUGUUUGAGAGCUUAUAUCCGCAUGAACAUCUAUUUUAUGGAACAAUUGAUUGUUUUGUUGAUGUUCUAAACUAUGAUGAGAGAGCUAGAAAUAAAGAUACUCCGUCAUGUUUCUUCUUCAAGACAUGUAUUUUGAAUCCUGGAUAUAUGCAUAUCAAAGGAACUAAAAGUGAAGAAGAGUAUAAAAAUUUCAAAGAGAAUGUCCUUCAGUGUUUGGGUGUAUCGGAAGAUAGAAGAUGUUUAAAAGGAUUUGAUAUGGUGUUUUUUCCUACAUGUUCAAACAAUCACUAUUUUGUGUUUGUUUAUGAUUUUAAGAACCGAAAAGCUGUGAUUUUGGACAACCUGUUGUAUAGUAGUUCUGAUGAAGCAUAUCCACAUCUUAUUUAUAAUUUGAAAUAUAUGUUUGGGAGGUAUCUUCUUAAAAUUAAUCAUAAUAUGGCGUUUUCGGUUCAAUAUGAAAUUGAUUUUUUCGAUCAGUACAUGACAUGGAAAACAAGGGGUAAUUCGAGAUUGUGGCAUAUUUUUGAUGAGGCACAUGGAAACUUAUAA